GAGAGCAACAAGAACUUUCCAAAAUGGGGCUUGAAAGUACGAUGGUCUGUGUGGACAACAGUGAGUACAUGAGGAACGGAGACUUCCUACCGACCAGGCUACAGGCUCAGCAAGAUGCUGUCAACAUCGUGUGUCACUCUAAAACAAGAAGCAACCCAGAAAACAACGUGGGCCUCAUCACGAUGGCAAAUAACUGUGAGGUCCUGACUACGCUGACACCAGACACCGGCCGCAUCCUGUCCAAACUCCACGCCGUUCAGCCCAGAGGGAAGAUAUGCUUCUGCACAGGCAUCAGAGUGGCUCAUCUGGCUCUAAAGCACAGACAGGGCAAAAACCAUAAGAUGAGGAUCAUUGCUUUUGUUGGGAGUCCUGUAGAGGAUAACGAGAAAGAUCUUGUCAAGUUGGCAAAGCGCUUGAAAAAAGAGAAAGUGAAUGUGGAUAUCAUCAACUUUGGAGAGGAGGAAGCAAACACAGAAAAGCUGACUGCAUUUAUAAAUACUCUAAAUGGGAAGGAGGGAACGGGCUCCCACCUGGUCACAGUCCCUCCGGGGCCCAGUCUUGCCGACGCCCUGCUGUCCUCCCCCAUUCUGGCCGGCGAGGGAGGCUCCAUGAUGGGUCUCGGAGCCAGUGACUUUGAGUUUGGCGUGGACCCCAGUGCAGAUCCAGAGCUGGCCCUGGCCCUGCGUGUGUCGAUGGAGGAGCAGCGACAGAGGCAGGAGGAGGAGGCCCGCAGAGCCGCCGCCGCCUCUGCUGCCGAAGCCGGCAUGCCGACACCCAGCGCAGACGAAUCGGAGGAGGCCUUACUGAAGAUGUCGGUUUCUCAGCCCGAGAGCGGCGCAGCGGUGCUUCCAGACUUCAGCAGCAUGACGGAGGAGGAGCAGAUAGCCUACGCUAUGCAGAUGUCUCUUGCUGGAGGAGAGUACGGUGAAAUGGAUACAGGAGCCCCCAUGGACACAGCAGAAUCAGCCAAGGAGGAAGACGAUUACGAUGUGAUGCAGGACCCGGAGUUCCUGCAGAGCGUGUUGGAGAACCUGCCCGGCGUCGACCCCAACAACGAGGCCAUCCGCAACGCCAUGGGCUCCCUGGCCUCCCAGACAGGAAACAAGCCAGAUGGCAAAAAAGAUGAAGAGAAGAAGAAAUGAGUUGGGAAAACAGGAGGAAAACUCGAACUAUUUCCAACUACUACAGGAUUUAUUAAACAUAUUAAAGACUGCUGAUGCAAAUCCCUGCAUGUCAGCAAUCUCACAUUUAUUACCACCCUUUUGUCAUAAUUACUCGGAGGCAUCAACAUUAAAUAAAAUGUAAAAAGAAAAAAAAAACCCUGAUGUGAUGUCUUUGGUUUAUGAUUUCCCCAGGAACGUUGACACCAUGUUAAAAAUGUAAUGUGGGCCUGUGCUCUAAACCCUGCAUUUCUCUACAUGGAUCCUGACAGAACAGACGGAUUUCUGGUGACAGACUUUUAAAUGAACACUUACCAACACUUCUGUCACGUCUUUGUGUUUUUUUGCAAUAAAAGAGAUGUGUAAAUAUC